GGCGCGAGGCGGCGCGGCGCGGCGAGCACUGCGCCCGCACGCUGCUGUGGAUUCAUUACAACUAGUUCGCGAUUCUUCGCCGCGUCUGCGCGACGUUCAUACGCAUAUAAACUUGUAUCUUGUAGUACGCGGCGUUAAAAUAUCGCGGCUACGAAACUUGCCAUCAAUUAACUAUAAUUGAAUUCCAAAUUGUAAAGAGCGUGCUACAUAACGUAGCAUAGGAUGUGCAAGCGAGUGUGUGGGUAGCAGUGUGUGUGUGCGUGCAGCAGUAUGGAGACGAGCAGCGCGGGCGCAGGCGCGGGCGUUGCGCGCAGCAUCGGCCGCGGGCACCUGUCGCACCUGCCGCAGCGGCCGCCCGUCACCCUCGCCUUCCACGACCUCACCUACAGCGUGCGCGUCGGCAGGAGUUCGAAAAUAAUCCUGCGCGGUAUCCACGGCGAGUUCAGGUCGGGCCAGCUGACCGCCAUACUGGGCCCCUCGGGCGCCGGCAAGAGCACGCUGCUCAACGUCCUCGCUGGCUACAGAGUGGAUGGCGCUGGUGGUCACAUAUACACGAAUGGAGAGCCGCGGGACCUGCGCCAGUUCAAGAGGCUGUCGCGGUACAUCAUGCAGGAGGAUCUACUGCAGCCGUACAUCACCGUCCGCGAAGCGAUGGCCAUAGCCGCCGAUCUCAAGCUCGGCGCAUCCAUCACUGCCCGGGAGAAAGUUGUUGUGGUGGAAGAGAUCAUGCAACUGUUAAGGUUGGAUAAAGCCAAAGACACAACGACAGAAAGACUCUCCGGCGGGGAGAGGAAGCGACUGUCCAUCGCUCUCGAGUUGCUCAACAACCCACCUGUUAUAUUUUUGGACGAGCCAACCACCGGUCUGGACGAGGUGGCGUCGUCGAUGUGCGUGUCGCUGCUGAAGCGGGUGGCUCGCGGCGGGCGCACGGUGGUGUGCUCGGUGCACACGCCGUCCGCGCGCCUGUUCGCGCACUUCGACCACGUGUACGUGGUGGCGGACGGCCGCUGCGCCUACCACGGCGCCGCCGCCGGCGUCGUGCCCUUCCUGCACUGUCUGCACCUGUCCUGCCCCACCACGCACAACCCGGCCGACUUCAUCAUAGAAGUAUCCAGCGGUGAGUAUGGCUCCCAUGCUGACAAAAUGGUAGCUGCAAUAGAAAACGGCCGAUGUCAAAGUUGGAGAGACUACGCAGUUGGAUCUGACACCUCCCAGGAGUUGGAGCUGGAACAGCUCAAUUCUGGUGGUGUGGAGAAGCAUAACCUCAAGCACGGCAGCACCACAUGCCAACAGUUUCACAUAUUACUGCGGCGAAUGUUACUGCAGACUCUUAGAAAUAAGGCGUACCUAUGGCUGCGGGUGUGCUUACACCUGUUCCUGGGUCUCAUAAUAGGACUUCUUUUUUGCAACAUGGGUUACGACGCGUCCAAGACUAUUUUCAACUUUGGCUUCUGUUAUGCUUGUAUAAUAGCGAUGCUGUACAUACCCAUGAUGCCGGUGUUGUUGGAAUUUCCGAGAGAAGUCCAGCUAAUGAAGAGAGAGUAUUUCAACAGAUGGUACGGUUUGAAGGCAUACUACGCAGCGCUUGUUGUUUCCCGAACUCCUGCGACCAUAUUUUUUAGCCUUAUAUAUUUAGCUCUCACCUACCCCAUCACCUCGCAACCCUUGGAAUUGCCCAGGAUAUUGAUGUUCACAACCAUAUGUAUCACUGUGGCUUUGAUAUCAGAGUCUAUGGGAACGGCCAUUUCGUCUAUUCUUAGCGUUGUUAACUCGGUAUUCUUAGGACCAGCGUUGAGCGUACCCUUAAUGUUGCUGGCUGUGUAUGGAUUCGGUGAUGGGGACCUACCGCCUCCUAUCAUUUGGAAGUUAGCAAGAUCCUGCUCCUAUCUUCGGUACGGGAUGGAGGGUCUAGUGGCCGCCAUUUACGGUGGCAGGAAGGAAGAUCUCGUGUGUCCCGAAGAUAAAGACUUCUGCGAAAUGAAGAACAUUAGCAAUUUUGUGAAGCUUCUGGGUAUGUCGGGCGUGUCGUUCUGGUUCGACUUCGGAGUACUGGUGGUCAUCUUGUUGCUGAUGAACUUCCUCGGCUACUACCUGCUGCGGCAGCGGCUGUCGCCCAACUACGCGUAUCGCAGUAUUAAAAUCAUUGGCAACUUCAUCAAGGCUAAAAUGAGCAUGUCUCAUCAGUGAAAACAGUUAGGUAGUUGUACAAUUUAGUAAAGAAAUUGUUUUAUGUCAAUUUGGGGAGUUCAUAGAUUUUUUUAUUUUAAAAGUGAGAAGAUAAGUAUAAUAUCAGCAUCCUACUGAUAAGAAAGAUCUGAGUAUAUGAUAGUUUUGUACUGUUUUAAGUAACGUGUUCCUUUGUUAUUUUAUUUUAGUAGCACUUCAAUAGCGACAUUUCAUUUGUAUUAUAGUAAAGCCAACAUUAUCGUCUGUCUGUCUAUGUUUUAACGGGACAAUUACUAUUGGAUAUCGAUAAAUUUUACAAGUACAUGAUUGUGUGAUACGGUGUGACCCCUCCUCUGUAGUAAUUUGAACAGAAAAUAGAGGUAAUUUUUUAAUUGUAUAAUUAUAUUUAGGAAUUAAAUGUAUUAAAUGUUUGCCACUUAAAUUAUAUUUGAUACAAGUAGUUGCUGUCUCUGUAGUAUAAUUUUUGGGUGAUGUAGUGACUAGUGUAAAUAAAAUAUAUACUAACUUUUACCCGCGACUUCGCGUGAUUGGGAUUACUCGGACAUAAAUAUGUACUAAUUCGUUAUUAAAAUGUGUAUUUCCAAUUUGUAUUAACGUGAAACGAUAUCACAUUGAAAUUUUGUUAUGAAUUAUGUAUUGGAUGUUACCGUUUUUCUUUUCUUUUAUAAAACUUUGAACGGCGAACAUGCUCGCGUCCCACCUUAUAGAACUUCGUCCUUCAUUCUCAAUUGUGUAUAGGUAUUUCAUUGUAAUUUUUAUAUACAAUUAUAAGUCUUUCUGUUAGUGCCUAAGUUGUAAACCAAACACACUUUGUAGAAUAUAAUAUUCGAAUUUUAAUAUCUCUGGGUUUUGCAGUGGUGAGGUGACUGUUUCUUGUGAUAAUAAAAGUAGGAGAGGACUCUUCAUUCGUGUGUAUGAUACGUUUCAUAGUAUGUCAACUAUAGCAAUUUAUUCCAUAAAAAUUAUAGGGUCUCAAAAACAAAUGUUUUUCAUAGAUGUUUUUUCAAAAAAAAAAUAGGAAAUAUAAUUGAAAUUCACGAAAAUACAAUAAUAUGUACCACCAGUUUUAAUGAAAUGGAUUGUGUUAGUUAAAAUGUAUGUAUGUUUGUUAUUUUUUAAUUGAUUACUAUAAUAUUAUUUUUAUGUAAUCCAUAAGAACUGUUCCCGUGUUUGUUCUAUGUUCUAAUAACAAGAAUCUCAGUUUUAAUCAUUAUCAGAUACUUGGAGAUCAUUAAUAAUACCUUUGUAAUUACUCCUCUCCACCCAAAGGUUGCCUGGAAGAGAUCGCUAUUAGCGAUAAGAUCGCCCAGUGUUUUCUCAGUGUAACAUUUUCUUGUAAUUGUUUGUAUUUAUAAUAAGUUUAGUAUUGUAAUGUUAUGGAGGAAACAAUAAAGAGUAUCUAUCUAUCUAUCUAUCCAUCUAUAAAAUACGUGGUUUAAGAUAUAUGGGUUUACUAAUAUAAAUGUAAAAAUAAUAUAAUUAAAUAUACAGGUUGUAUUCAGCGGGUUUCCCCUAUCUAGUAAGUAUAUGAGGAUUAACAUUGUUUUGUUUUUUUUUCAAUCCAUGUUCCUUUCGAUUCAAAUUUAAAUUCAAAUUUAAAUCAUAUUUGUUCAAAUAGAUUGUUUACAAGCACUUUUAAAUCGUCUUUUUUUUAAUCUACUGCAGAGUUCAGAAAGUUGUUAUCUGUUGAGAAGAGACCGCAGGAAACUCAACAGUUACUCUUUGAAAUUUCUGUUAACAUUAUGUGUAUUUAUUUAAAUAAAUGUUCAAUUCUACUAGUGGAAUGCUACACUGCCUGAAAAGGAUCGAUCCAAACUUAACCCUGUGCAAUGGAAAAGUGGAAUGCGGUGUGUGUAUAUAUGUAAUAUUUAGUUUAUACUUACUUAUUGUACCACUUUAAGAUUAAAACCGUCACUUGGAAUAAUAAAUUAUUCUAAAUAUUGAUAUUAUUAGACUGUCUUGUUACCUAGGUUAUGGGGUGUGAUAUUUCGGUUAAGAAAAAUGAAAUAAAAUGUGAUUCUUAAAA